CAAUCAAAGAAAUCAACAACUUUCUCCCUCUUCAAUCAUGACCACCGGAGUUCUUUCACUUUUCUCCUUCACACUCCUCAUCUUCCUCCUUUCACUGCUGUCUCCGGCAGUGUUUGCUGAUCACUCGACGCAUAAAAAUCUAUCAUCCCCAUUUGAUUUUCUCAAGCAUCUUCAAGGAUGUCACAAGGGUAACAAAAUCAGAGGCAUCAAUGAUCUCAAGAAGUAUCUAGAACAUUUUGGUUACUUGAGCUACAAACACGCAGGAAACCAUUCUCAUGCCAACGAUGAUGAUUUCGACGAUCUUCUAGAGUCUGCCCUCAAAGCCUACCAGCUCAAUUACAACCUCAAGGCUACCGGAGUUCUAAAUGCAGCAACGGUGUCGAAGAUGGUCAUGCCUCGAUGUGGAGUGGCAGAUAUCAUCAACGGAACCAGCAGGAUGAGGUCCACCAAGGAAAGGCAUUAUCAUGGUCAUGGCUCCGGUUCUCUCCACACCGUGUCUCACUUUUCCUUCUUCCCAGGAAACCCCCGGUGGCCGGCUUCCAAGUCCCACCUCACCUAUGCGUUUGGCCGGAGGACCCGAGCUGACGCCAUCACACCCGUGGAGAGAGCGUUUAGAACUUGGGCUGCUAACACGCACUUCACUUUUUCGCGGACUCAAGACUACAGAAAUGCAGAUAUAAAAGUCAGUUUUCACCGCGGUGAUCAUGGAGAUGGCAAUCCAUUUGACGGUCCUGGUGGAACCCUAGCUCACGCUUUUGCGCCGACUGAUGGCCGAUUCCACUAUGAUGCGGAUGAGCCAUGGUCGGUAGGUGUUGUCCAGGGUGCAUACCACUUGGAGACACUGGCCUUGCACGAGAUCGGGCACCUUUUGGGACUGGAUCACAGCUCCGUUGAAGGAGCUAUCAUGUUUCCCACAUUUGCUCCAGGAGAGGCCAAGGGUUUGCAUGGAGAUGAUAUUCAAGGUAUCAGGGCUUUAUACAACAACUGAGGAAUAUUAAUUGCAGUUUUUUUUUUUUUUUUUAGUUUUCCUUUUAAUAAGGGAGAGAAUUCAAA